UGCGGUGAUGGUGAAGAAACCCUAGACGAUGGUGCUUUGCUCCGACUUCUUUAUAUACAGUGGAAACUCCACCCACUAGCUGCUACAUUUCGUCCACUCAUUCUUCUUUCUUAUCAGAUCAUUUUCCGCGUCCAUUCGCCGCCAUGGCCAAGAUCAAGAUCGGCAUCAAUGGUUUUGGUAGGAUUGGGCGAUUGGUCGCCAGAGUCGCGCUCCAGAGUGAGGAUGUGGAACUCGUUGCCGUCAAUGAUCCAUUCAUUACCACCGAUUACAUGACAUACAUGUUUAAAUAUGAUACUGUGCAUGGGCAAUGGAAGCAUCACGAGAUAAAAGUGAAGGAUUCCAAGACCCUUCUUUUUGGAGAGAAAGAGGUUACUGUCUUUGGCAUCAGGAAUCCUGAGGAGAUUCCUUGGGGUGAGACUGGAGCUGACUUCGUUGUGGAGUCUACUGGUGUCUUUACAGACAAGGACAAAGCUGCUGCUCACUUGAAGGGUGGUGCCAAGAAAGUCAUCAUUUCUGCUCCAAGCAAGGAUGCACCCAUGUUUGUGGUGGGAGUGAAUGAACAUACAUACACAUCUGACAUUGACAUCGUCUCCAAUGCUAGUUGCACCACCAAUUGCCUUGCUCCUCUUGCCAAGGUUAUCCAUGACAAAUUUGGAAUUGUUGAAGGUUUGAUGACGACUGUGCAUUCCAUCACUGCCACUCAAAAAACUGUUGAUGGACCGUCUAGCAAGGAUUGGAGGGGUGGACGAGCUGCAAGUUUUAACAUCAUUCCCAGCAGCACUGGUGCGGCUAAGGCUGUAGGAAAAGUGUUACCUGCUUUGAAUGGAAAGUUGACUGGUAUGGCUUUCCGCGUUCCAACUGUAGAUGUGUCUGUUGUGGAUCUCACUGUCAGGCUCGAGAAAGCUGCUUCUUAUGAGCAGAUAAAGGCUGCCAUCAAGGAAGAAUCAGAGGGAAAGCUGAAGGGCAUCUUGGGUUACGUAGAAGAGGAUUUGGUCUCCACUGACUUUUUGGGCGAUAGCAGGUCAAGCAUUUUUGAUGCAAAGGCAGGUAUUGCUCUGAACGACAACUUUGUCAAAGUUGUAUCUUGGUAUGACAAUGAGUGGGGCUACAGCACACGCGUCAUUGACCUUAUCCGUCAUAUUGCCAAAACUAAGUGAAGCUGUUCCACUCAUCCGGCUGUGGUGGUUCUGUACUCUAGUAAUGGUACUACGCUAAUAAAUAAUUGGUCAGGACAUGCCUAACACGACUCUAUUAUCAAGUAAUUUGUGUGAUAAAAUGUCCCUCGUUCCAUUUGAGGUGACUUAGCCGAACAUGAGGCUGAAUGAGUGUGAUUUUCCGUUAAACUUUACUGCAUUUUCCAUUAUUGCCUUAUUAGGGUCAUUGGAGUUUAUUUCCUUUUCAAACUGCUUAUUUUUAUAUGCUCAAAACAAUUGACUAGCUGCUCUGUUAUAACGUGCAGUUUUUCCUGGAUGCAAAAAUUACAAAAAUGUGGAUUGAUGUA